GAUGGACCACCACACGUCAGCACCACUCCCUGUCUCUCCGGUUAAACCCUCUCUCCUCUUACGGCUCCGUCGGGAUUGAUGGUGGGAGUGGGUGUCACGGCGCUGUAACGCAUACGGUGUGGACUGAGUGGAGAUCGAUGAGAGGACUGGAACCUGGGACUAACUGGGUUGUCUCCGCCGUUGGAUGUGUCGGUUUGCAUUAAACUUCACCGGGAAGUCUUGGCUGAGGUUCUAUGUGCGUUUUAGUGCUCGGUUAGUUGCGCCUUGGAUGUUGCGCCAUGCUGCGUAACGUUUGCCAGCUGGCAUGUGAGUGACCCAUAGCGUGCUGUUCACAGUGUGCAGACAAAUAAUCCAUUUUUGUGCAUCAUUCUGAGUCAGGAACCCCAGCUCCUAUGAGUGCACCCCACCCUCUGUUCUCCAACUCUUAAAUCCACCAUGCGGUUGUUCGCAGUUGCCAGAUGAUACUUUGGGAUUUUGCAUCGCCAUGUCCUUCUGUCGGACUGAAGUGGACAAUGAAGUUAUGGGAUAGCCUGACCACUUGUUUGAUACUGCUGAGCGCCGUGCACGCCAGCCCGCUGCACCGGAACCGACAGCAGUCCACGUUCAGCAAGAGGAGAACGCGCGCCGCCGAGAGUCCCCUGGAGCUCCCGCCGGUCCAGAUCCGCCUGUCUGUCACCUCACCGGGCAUCAGCCGGUCUGAGACGGACACGGAGCAGUGGGAAGAGACGUUGACUGGAGGAGAAAAAUACAUAAUGGAGGUGCCCCUCCCAGACGAGCUUGAAGAUGUGGUGGACUUCAUCAAAGUGACUAUCAGUAGAAUACACCACUUUUCUUUAUCCACCGAGUCCACAUCUACCUCUUCAACCACCUCCUCCUCCUCCUCCUCCUCCUCUGAACAUAGCUUGAGCAGCAGGACUCGACACAGAAGGGAGAAAAAGAGAGGACCGGGCCAGCCGAGUGGGGGACGAGGAAGAGGAGCUAAAGGGGGAGAGAUGGGGAGGAAGGGUAGAGGAGGGGGCUCCGGUGGACGGGGUCAAGGAUGUGUACUGAAACAGAUCCACCUCAACGUGUCGGACCUGGGUCUGGGCUACCGCUCCAGUGAGGAAAUGAUAUUCAGGUACUGCUCUGGACCCUGCAGGAAGUCUGAGACAAACUAUGACAAAAUCCUUUUCAACCUGGUUCACAACGGGAGGCUUCCUUCUAAAGACACACCUCCUCCUGCCUGCUGUCGGCCAAUAGCGUUUGAUGAUGAUCUCUCAUUUCUGGAUGACAAUCUCAUCUACCACACCGUGAGGAAGCACUCUGCCAGGAAAUGUGGUUGUGUGUGAAAGCACUGUGUCAUUUAAAGUAUAUUUUCACAUUCUGAUGAACCUGGUGGCAGUAAAUGUGGCCUUGUGUGACCUGGAUCCACUGGUUAAGACAGACUAAAAAGAGGAGGGGGCAUCAUCAGUUAUCGACACCCAGUCAUCUCCCUCAUCAGCAUAUUAAUGCUUUCCUUUUCUGUCCAAAAUCUACAUCUCUAAUGUGUUCAGUGUGAUUUUAAUGGGUAUUGAACUAAAAAACCAAUACCAGUCACAAACAAUGGACCAUUCUGCCGACUGUACAGCACAUACUGUAUGUUACAUGGAAAAAGUUAUACACAUAUGAACUGUAUUUAUGAAAUAUGGAAUUUAUUAACUUAUUAGUAUUUAUUUUGUUUUUUUUAUAAAGUGAAUAAAUGUUAUUUAUUAUUGUAAUGUGAUAUUUUGCAGUGUGCCAAAGAUUUACACAAAAACAACAGUUCAGAAACAAUCUCUACACAAGUUUAUCUCAUUUUCCAUGAAUUUUUGUAACAUCUGACAGCAUUGCAAGCAAGCGUUUUUUGGUCUUGUGACUUAAAUAAUAGGUAACACUGGUCUACAAUUUAUUUUUAUUUUUUGAAUUUACCUGCCUCAGAGAUUAAAUGUGCUAAAUCUUACUUUUUUUAAUAAGAGGAAUGGGGAAAACAAAUGACAAAAGUGCUGGUUAGUUGAUGUUUUCAGUGAAUAUGAUUAAGUGUUAUUACAUUAUGUACAUUUAUACAGUAGAUUUAUAAAUGUUCCACAAGAAAGAACAUGCAAGGUGAAUGUAUUGUAUGUGCAGACAAUGUUUUGAAGUAGAUCUGGUAGCUCUGAGACAAACAUUCAUUUUGAGUAAAACCCAUUUUCUCAUAAAUUCUCAUUAUUUCACAUUUUAACCCAAGACUAUACGUUGGAAACUACAGCCAAACAGCAUUUUUGACAAUGUUAGCGACUCAACCUUAAUGAAGUUUUCCUACGUUUAUUCUGGAGGCAUUUUACUUGUAGACCAGUGUAAUAGUCUUUUCCUAGAUUAAUCAUUGCCUAAGCCACACAAGGCCUCUACAGUUUAAAUAGAGCUUUAUUUUUAUACAGUACACAUUUGCCUAAUGUAAUUGAUAAUAAACACAUUCUUUCCCA